AUGCUAAUAGAUCAAUUGAAGAGCCGUAUUCGAGGUUUUGUCUACUUAAUCAUAUGCAUUUGUUUAGUUAAGACAUUCGUAAUGUAUAAAUGGGCAAAUGGUACAUUUUAUACUGAUGCCUACUACAUCAGGAGAUCUGAAGAAGCUUUAAGAGCGAACCAAUUACUUAGUCGUCGCUAUAUGCUAAGUAAUGUGAAAUUAUCAACUAAUUCUUAUGUCAAACAUGAUACAAUAGGGCCCACUCAGUUAGGAAGAUUCCAAAGAGAAAAUGCAACUUUGCUUAUGUUAGUAAGGAAUGAAGAACUAGCAGGUGCCUUAAGGGCAAUGCGUUCUUUAGAAGAUAGAUUCAAUAAAAAUUAUCAUUAUGACUGGAUAUUCCUAAAUGAUGUUCCAUUUGAAGACAUAUUCAUUGAGACAACAUCAGCUAUGGCUAGUGGGAUCACGAAAUAUGCCGUCGUCCCUUCCAGUGACUGGAGCACGCCUAACUGGAUAGAUCAAGAUUUGUAUGCCAGGCAGAGAGAGUAUAUGACGAAGAUAAAAGUUCUUCAUGGAGAAUCGGAAUCAUAUAGAAAUAUGUGUCGUUUCUAUUCGGGUUUCUUCUUCAGGCAGGAAGUUUUGGACAAUUAUGAUUAUUAUUUCAGAGUAGAACCGGAUGUAGAAUAUUUCUGUGACUUUUCCUAUGACCCAUUUAAAAUAAUGAAAGAGCAAAACAAAAAGUAUGGAUUUGUAAUUUCCUUACACGAAUAUGAAGAUACUAUCCCUACCCUGUGGGAGGCAGUCGAUGAAUACAUACAAGAAGACGAAGGGUAUGAUAUUGAUAUGGAAAACAAUAUUUUUGAUUUUAUUAUACAAGAAGAUUCAAUUAGUAGCGCAAAAGUUUUCGAUUCCAAUUCAGACUACAACCUUUGUCAUUUUUGGACAAAUUUCGAAAUUGCAGACCUGAAUUUCUUUCGAAGUGAUAAGUACUUGAGAUUUUUCAAUUAUUUAGAUUCGAAAGGUGGAUUCUACUACGAAAGAUGGGGCGACGCACCUAUUCAUACAAUUGCAGCCUCACUUUUCCUACGGCCAGACGAGGUAAUUCAUUUUGAACAAAUUGGAUACAAACAUUCUCCUUAUUUUGCAUGUCCAAGUGCAUACUCAUAUCGACUCAACCAGCGCUGUCUGUGUGAUUACGCAGGCACAGGUAAUAUCCACUUAGAAGCGAUUAGUUGUCUACAAGAAUGGUGGAAAUGGGGAGGUGGUAAAACAUUUAUGAGCAACUAUUAA